CUGGAACAGGCGUCACAAGACUGCAGUCUGCCAAGUCCUAAAAGCAGACUAGCAACAAGACAGUUUCACAGAGGUGGGGUAGAACUGGGCAUUUUAAAAUAGCCAUGUAAACACUCUCCUUAUGCCUUUGUAAUUUUAACCUAGAAUGUCUUUGACCACAGUCUCUUGCAUGGAGACCACGAAUGCCGGAAUAAAUCUGACAUUAUGACACCAGACACCUGGCAGGUCUGACGUUGCAGGGGUAAAUACUUCGAGUCACUAUAAAGCAGUUGUUUACCCCCUGAGCUCCGGACAGGAUCGUAGGGCCGGAUAGAGGAAACAUUUAAGAUCUGAUGCACAAGAUGUUUACGUCACACCGUUGGAAGCGAGCCUUCGCGGUCUUUGCACAGUAACAUCCCAUUUGAGAACAGGAGCUGUCAAAGGCGAGGCGGUACUGAAACAAGCGCAAUCUUGAUUUAAGCAACAAACCUGUACUUGAACAGGUUACUCAUAUACUACUCAUAAUCUGGAGCACCCAUUUCAAUUAAUCAAAAACUCAUGAGAGGGAAUUACUGGAGGAACCAAUAAUACGAUUCAACCGAGGUAUUGGUGGACAUGCCAAUGUGGUCACUCCAGUGACCUUUCAGGAAUUGCAGCGUAAGAUUCUGAGCACAGGCACACAUACACAGAAGAAUGGCUGCAUUGGAAUUGCACUGUGGGCCAGAGCCUGCGAGUUGUGUGUGGGGUGGAGACAGAGCUGACCUGCUUGACAGUUUUGACUCAGAGAUGCAGGAAUGGGAAGAUCAGUUACAGGACAUGCAGAGAAAAAUUGAAGAGUUGUAUAAUGAGGUCAAAGCACGAAGAGAAGCCAGCGAGAGCAGCACAAACAAUAAAAACCUGGACAUUACUUUGCUUCCUGUAAACUCUCAGUAUAGCCACCAGGCCAAUGGUCGCCCCAACAACAGCCUCCCAAUUCGUCAAUGCAGUGAAAUAAAAGCAGAUCCUUCAGUUAUGCAAAGCUUUGGGUUUCACCACCCCAGUGAAUACUGUAAUUGCUCCAACAAUUACAUGCUUAAUCCUCUGAGCAACGGCAGCCAUUACCCUGCCAGCUGUCAUGAUCUUGAAAGGCUAGAUGCCACCGUAGACAUACUCAAUGGAUACCUCCAACAGGACCCGCAUUUUAGAAGGAACCCAGGAAAUCUUGGAGCUCCAAACAGAAUUCAGAACCCCAAGGUAUAUCCAGUUUCACACAGUUAUCAAGACAGCAUGAAGACCAGCCUGGUGACGAACAGGACUGCCUCGUGUUUGGCUCUGGAUGAGAUUGAUGAGGCUGAGAACAAACAGAACAAGAAAUCAAGUUGGGAUGACCCCCAAGCCUGCCAUGUUAUCUGUAAAGUCCCGGUUUCAUCAAAUGACCUUACCCUUAAAAAUUCAGCUUCCAAACUGGUAAUCAGACAGAGAGAUUCUUCUCCUGUAACCCCUCGUUCCACUUACUAUAAAUCAUCAAAGCAACCUGACAGGAAGUGCCUCUUGCUAGACAGGAAAUCUGGCAGCCCAUCAGUGUUGCGUAAGUUUGGUGCCAUGUUGCAGGAGAAUGAGGGAAAAACCCUGAUUGAGAAUGGUGUUUUGACCAACAUUGUCUCCACUGAACCUCCGAGGCAAACCAGCACUCCUAUUUGCCAGAGCAAGUUUGAUGCCAGGCGGGCAUCCUCACUUGCGCACGUCCAGAAAUGCCAUGCAGACUGUGAUGUACUGGUAGCAGAUCUGGAGCACAGUCAGGAGUCUUGGGCAGCUGGUCCUUCUAGACACCUCCUCAAUGGAGACAGACAUAGUGGGAUGGGUGGUUGUGUUUUUGAACAGCAUGCCUUGGCCUAUAACUUAAGCCAGUCACAGUCUCACCUUAAUUCGGGGUAUCACAAGGUGGUUUCAAUGUCUGAAGCCCACAAAGCAGGGUUCCAGAGUAAGGACUUAUUCUCUGACUGCCAGAUGGUAGAAACUAUUCUGGGAGUAGGAUCUCAAAACUUCAGUAAGGUACACAGAGGACAUGGUGUUGAUAUGAUGAGACUGGGAAAUGACAACUUGGAGCAACUUCUGGAAAUGAUGGAAAGAGAGAACGACAUAAGUCAGAGGGCCACAUCCACCCAGCAACUGGACAACAAGCAGGUGAAGAGGGUCAACUAUGAGUCAUCUCCUGCGACCAGCAGUAGCCAUUUUUCUCGUCCUGUUCGACCAGCCAAUCAACGCCGUCCAUCCAGAUGGGUUAAGCAUACUCACCCAAGAAAAAUCACCCACACAUCUAGCCCAACAAGCCCUGGCCUGAAUCCCAAACAAUUCUUGAAUUCAUAUUCCUGGCACACAGAAACUGUCAUAAUGUGAACAGGAUCCAGCAAGCUUAAAAGGACACUUUCGCCCAAUAGCAUAAACUAAACUUUGACCUUCUGUAGAACACAAUCUACUUUUUUUUUGUAUAUAUAACCAACACCACCACAUCAAAGUACCUUAUAUUGCAGCCCACUAGAAUAUCCUAUGGUAUUUUCCUUAAAUAACUUCAAAAGAAUGCUGCUUUCAUUUAACUUUGCGCUGUUUGAAGUGCUUUGGAAAGAAACUCCGGUGGACAUUCUCUGACCUGGUGAAUUUCUGUGCCUAUGAACCCUUUAUUGCCUUUUCUCUUAAUUUCUUUCUGUCAUUCUCAUAAAAUAUUCUUUCUUUUAUUGUUUUUUGUUUUUUUAUUUUCCAGAGUGCUUUGUGUACGGUGCAGUUGUUGCCAUGCCAUCUUGGACAUUUUUUCUUUGUA